AUGAGGGAUCAUAGGCUUUCGGUUCCCCUGUGCGCGCUCGAGGUGGCCUCUGCGGGGACACCUGAGCGAGAGAAUUCAAGACCGUCUGCCUUCCGUAGCGGCACCAGUAGCAACCUUUCGCUUUUGCUCAAACAGCAAGAGCUUACUGCAACAGCCUGCGGUGACCCGCUGGAGGCAGACAUGCGUGCAGGCCGCAUGUCCGCUUCGGUAUUAUCUGCUGGGGCGAAUGUAGAGGCUAGGACUGAAUGCUGCAGCAAACAGAGGAAAGAUGCACCUGUUUCGGGGGGCGGGGGACCAGCAACAGCUGGAUCCUCUCUAUCUGGAACCCGGCGUAAUUCAUCUGUGAUUCAGGAGAGUGUGGCUCCAUCGACCUCUCCUGAUGGCAGCUAUCUUUCUUCACCCUUCUUUUCCGGCUCUCCCGUUGAUUUCCCGGAGACACUACAGCCGCGUGUUUUGUCUGUAUCAAGCGAUGUGCAGUGCUCGCUUUCCACGCCGCUUGAAAAGUUCUUUGGCGCGAUGGAGUCACCUGAAAUGAAUGGGGGCGCACAAGCUUCCCCAAUCGCAACCGUGUGCACCCACCACACGACUUCCCCUGCUGCAGAGGCCUUCCCACUGAAUGGCUCAAGCACACAGGAGACAGACGAGGCAGAAAAGUCAAAUCAGAGGGGAGCGAUUGCGAGGCUUUCCUCCGACAGUGUGCAUGGAGGCAGUGCAUUUCCCAUUAGACCUCACGACAGCACCAGCAGCCCAGGCAAGGAGGACAGAGAAGGAGCACAACACGGUUCCGAUUUCGCUAUGAGCCAUCGUCGGUACAGCAGCGGCGGUAGGGGCGAGAAGCUGCAUUUUACAAGUUCAGCAGCAAGCAGCGCAUCUGGUCUGCCUGUAUCUGUUUCCAUCCCAUCCCCUCCGCCGCGUUCGGCAGCGCCCCUCUCAUCUGCGUCCUCAGUGGCAUUCUCUGGGGAAGACACAGGUUCCUCCGAUGCGGAUCGCUUGCUGGUUGACUUUCAGCUGCUGCUCAUUCUCCUGUUUGAUCAAGUCUGCAACGUGGUGCCAGGCCUGAGACGCCAGGACGGGGGAGCGUUUUACUCGAUGCAUGUGCAGCGCAUAGCGGGGGGGCCCCUUCACCCCACGCUGGCGAGCUACGCCGACGUUCUGCUGCCCGUCUGCAGUGCGAUGAACUUCUUCUCGAAUGAUAGUGACGGAGGAGGUGGCAGCAGCAGCAGGGAGCAGAAACAGGACAAGUCCGGUAGACAAGAAGAGCAAGAGAGUAUUCUCUCGGUGACGUUGCGCUAUUUGGCGCGCCACGGGACGAUCCCCGCGGCACCCAUUGCGGAGAUGGUGUCAAAGUGUCCAGCAGCAGUUUUCAUUCAGGUGGUAUCUGCGCUGGAGUGUAUGUACAGUUUGCAGCGGAUCCUCGCGCCUGGGAAGGCGAGUUCUCCCCCAAAGCCCUCCGAAGAGUUGGAUCCAAAGACUAUUUGGGGUGACGCCGUGGCUGAGAUGGAGAAGGCCGCAACUGUCUUAGCAGAGGAAUGCAUGACCAGCAGUCCUGCGGCGUGCAUGCCAUCUUCUGAGGAGGCUGAAGAUUCCAACACGCUGCCUUCCUCUUCUGGUGGGCUGGCGCAGCCACCCAAGCGUCCUCGUGCCUUAGCAGCAGAGCCUCCUUUGGUUUCCAGCAGACGGCCAAAAAGCGCGGGGAAUACGAUGCCGAUGUUACAGGGAGAGGCGCAUGUGGAAACUCGGGCAGUUUCCUCGAAUGCUUUGGGAAAGCCACCCGUGGGAGAUCUGAAUGCGGCCUCUUCCUCAGUUUCCUUGUCUCUAGCACCUCAGGGAGGGCUGCCAAGCAACGGAGUGGCGGCGGAUCCGCGAGAAGGGGGAGUGCCUCCUGCGUUUAUUCCUGCCAGUGUGAACAAGCGACGACACCCCAAUAUCCAGGCAGAAAUUUUGAGCUCCUGCUGCCCGGAGCGGCUGGCGCAGAGGGGCACACGUCUGUUGGGGGAAGUGCUGCAGAAGCUGCAGAGCGAGCAGGCCGUGAAGCCUGCACCACCUCACAAGAAUACCUCUCCUAAGCAAGCCCUUCUCAAUGGAUCAUCAUCGGCGGAGCAGCCAGAGGCUGGGAAUUGCCACUUGGAAGCAGUCGGUGCCGGUGCGAGCUGCGGAGGCAGUGCUGGCUCGGGGCCGAUGGCUGAGGGGGAGAGCGACUCCGUGAGUUCUUGCAGCGUUCGUGCCAAGAGAAAGAUGUCUGGGGGAGGCGAGCAGUCGUUGGGGGAGGCUCUGGCACAGCUUGCGGCGUUGCAGCAACAGGUUGCAGUGGCCAGCGACCCUUCUGCAGCGCCUGCAGCAACCCCUGAAGCGGAAGAAACUCAGGGAGACGCUGCCUCUGCGUCAGAUGGCCAGCUGAAGAAGCAUGGCUAUGGACUGCGGCGGAGCGCUGCCAAAAAAGGCAGGAAAUCCUUUGAAGACGGCAUUAUCUUGCCUCCUCGAGGAGGGGGGGGGCGCGGGAAGCUGACUCCCAUCAAAGGGCACAACCCGCAGCAGACACGUGGCCGAACUCCCGCGCUGCUCUCUCCAAGCGAAGGAGGGUCGCAGCAAGAUCCAAGCACCACUUCUUUGCCUCCGAAUUUGACGGAGCAGCUCAUGAAACUCGCAAGCGGUGCAGAAGGGGAUUUCCCGGCCGCUCUGUCCUCCACCAUGCGCGGCGUGUUCUUCAACAGAUCACUGAACAGAUGGGUGUGCACGUGGUCGAGAAAUGGUAAAGAAUACCAACGCUCCUGGUCCGCAGGAAAAUACGGAUACGAAACGGCGCGCGGCUUGGCGAUGCACUGCCGCCUCGAGAAGCUGCUCAGUGGGGAGGCGCAUACACUACAGAAGGGCAUGUUGGCGGUGUUUAAGCCCAUUGUGAACUCCCCAGCUUUGGCGCACGCCACCUCCACGUCCCCCGCAGAUCCUUCUGCCUCGACUUCCGUCUGCAAGAGCGAAAGCGGAGAGGUGGGAGGGGAGGAAGCCACAGUUGAGCGGAGACGGGCCGAGGCUCAGCGACCUCGCAUCUCUCCGCGGCCUGCGAACCGCCUGGAAACUGGCGCGUCUAAAGAAGGCGAUCUGGUUGGCAGCAUGAAAAUGGAUGCGGAAUGUAUCGCGAACAAGCCUGCAGCCGCAGCAGCAGCAGAGGGGGCUGUUGUUCUCCCUAGAACUCAUGGGGCAGGUUCUACUUACAAUGAUAUGCUGACACUGAUGAGCCAAGCGAUCCAUCGAAAACCUGGCGCAUUUACGGGAGGCAGUGUAGGGACAGCCGGGGAGAAUGCGCAGGCUCGGGAAGUUGAAGGAAUCAAAGAACUGGCGGAUCCGUCCGUUGGAGAGCACUUCCUCGCGGCUGUUGCUGCUGCGGCCGCAGCGUGCGAUGUUCCUGGUUUUGAAGACUAA